GUGAACUGGUGAGGCUGUUAGAUCGUCCCGGGCUCCGCACACAGCUGACUUCUCUUCUGUUUCCCUGCUCUGCAGAGUUAAAGACUUUGAAGAUGAGGGUGUGGAUCGUCUUCCUCCUGUGCCUGGCUGGCCACGCCAUGGCUGCUCCUACUGAGGAGGAGCCCAUCGUGGAAGAGCUAGUGACUGAGGAGCCGGUUGUUGAGGAGGUCGAGGUGGGGGCCAACCCAGUGCAGAUUGAGACCGGAGAGUUCGACGAGGCUAUCGAGAUUGUUGAGGAAGAGGAAAUUGCCACCGAGAAUCCCUGCCUGAACCACCACUGCAAGAAGGGCAAAGUGUGUGAGGUCGAUGAGAGCAACACCCCCAUGUGUGUGUGCAUGGACCCCUCCGCCUGCCCUGCUGCCGAGGGAGAGUUCGAGCAUGUUUGCGGCACCGACAACAAGACCUACGACUCCUCUUGCCACUUCUUCGCCACCAAGUGUGCCCUGGAGGGAACCAAGAAGGGCCACAAGCUGCACAUCGACUACAUCGGACCCUGCAAAUUGAUCGAGCCCUGCAUGGACACCGAGCUGAACGAGUUCCCCCUGCGUAUGAGGGACUGGCUGAAGAACGUGCUGGUGACUCUGUAUGAGCGCGACGAGGAGAACAACCUGCUGACCGAGAAGCAGAAGCUCAGGGUGAAGAAGAUCUUCGAGAACGAGAAGAGGCUGCAGGCUGGCGAGCACUCUCUGGACCUGCUGGCUCACGACUUCGAGAAGAACUACAACAUGUACAUCUUCCCCGUGCACUGGCAGUUCGGCCAGCUCGACCAGCACCCCGUCGACGGGUACCUGACCCACACAGAGCUCGCCCCCCUGCGCGCUCCUCUCAUUCCCAUGGAGCAUUGCACCACCCGCUUCUUCGAGCAGUGCGACUCCGACAACGACAAGUACAUCGCCCUGGAGGAGUGGGCCAGCUGCUUCGGCAUCAAGGAGCAGGAUGUGGACAAAGACCUCAUCAUCUGAGCUCCUGUGAGCAGCAGCAGCAGUCUGACAACUCCUAGUCGCUACUAAACGGGACGAGGUGCUGAUCCCUAAGUUAAAACAAAUCACAGUAACGGUGCUAAUUGCAAAUUCUUUUUUUAUUUUUUAUUUUUUAAUAAUGACCUUUCCUACCUAUACCACUAAAAAAAAAGAAAAGAUUACAAAGAGAAAUGUGCACAGUCUGUACUAACAUUACUUUGAAUUCUCUUGUUUGUUGAACAAAAAACACCCAGUAAAGAAACUAAAGACCUCUGAUGUAAAUGUAUGUUGUUGACAAUAUUAUAUAUAUGUUAUGAUUUGUUCAGGGCUUUAAUUGGAGAUCAAUCUGAAACAUGAGGAGACUAAACUGUAAAGUGGAAAAUAAAGUUUCUAAAUAAA